AUGUCCAGUCGUGAAAAUUUAGUCAUUGACCAAUAUAUCAGUGGUCUCGGUGACAUAGAACUAAAGAAAUAUGUGCAGUUUGCACAUCCCUUGACUUUAGAUAAAGCCAUUUCCUUGGCAGUAGAAUUUGAGGCGUUUGAGGGAGCGCAUAACAAAACAUUACUCAAACCGCGUAAUUUUGAACAAGAUUUGCUCUUGAAUCAAUCUACUGUCCGAGCCGUACAAAAAGAAGGUUUCCAGAAAACUUCAAACUCUUACGCGUCAGAUGAAUCAGUUUUGUCCGAAAUCACCAAAACCAUGAAAGAACUUCAGUCUGCGGUAAACGAAUUAAAACUUGCUAACGAGUCCAGUUCAAAACUCAAAAAUACCGUGAAUUCAAACAUCAGGUGUUGUACCUGCGGCAAAUCUGGCCACAUUAGUCGACAAUGUACAGAGAGACCUCACAAUUUUUCACAACAAAAUGAUAAAUCGAACUCAUCGCGCCAGUUUCCAAAGAACAACCCAAACGCCGGCGGACUGUCCUUGCGACCGAAAGUUCAGUCCAGGAGGUACUAG